AUGGAAACAUCCUCUGCAGUAUUGCCAGCUACUGGCAAUCCGGGAUCGGCCGAACUUCAAACGUCUUCUGAAAACCGUCAAAACUCGGAUCUGACUUCAAAGUUGACUAAUAAGGGGAAUCAAAAUCAUGCACUAACUACAUCGAGUACAGUUACGAAAGACCUAUCUUCUAGAAAAUCGCCAAUAUCUGAGACCGAAACUCAUACAUCAUCAUACAGGAGUUCAAGUCACCAGUUGCUUUCUGGUGGCAAGAGAUCCUCAAUUGUUGCUCACGUGCCACCUUUCAGUCGAUCUAUCCAAGCCCCCUUACCCGCGACUAGCGAGUCCAAUAAUUCUGAGAGUCAAUCGACAGAUUCGGAAGCUCCGUUAAAAAAUUCUCUGAGACAGAGUUCUUCGUCGUCUCUGUCAUCGGGAGCCGAAACCACCGAGAGGUCGGCGUCUAUCCUUCGACAGUCAAGUUCGAGUAGCACAACUGAGGGCUUCUCGGCUAGCACUGUUGCGGUUUCGGGACCUUCACCCAACUACCUUCCUUCGGACGCAAUAUCAGUUUUCCAUAGCCUAGUUUCCUCUGCAAUUGACCAAUGCUUACGCAAUUCUUCCCAGUCUAAAGUUCGUGUAUCCGUUUUCUCAAGUCUGUUCGAUACAGUUUCAAGGUCAUCUACACAAUCAAAUUCUCCGACUCUAGAAAGUCAGGAAGCUGCUGGCAACCUGAAGAUGACAUCAACCCAGACCCGAAAUAACGACUCGGCGAAUGUGGCGACUUCUGUUUUGAGUAUUCCAGGCAGCCGAAAGAAUGGAACUAUCCAGUCUUCGAACUCGGCAGCAGCUAGAUGGACUGCUGACAAAAAUGACUCAUCUAAUGACGCUUAUCAGUCCCCAAUGGCCUCUCCAAACAUGCUCAAAAUAGACGAAGAAUCAUCUUUCAACAAUGCGAAUGCGCGGGACGAAGUUAAUAAAUCGAAAUCACUUGUGGAAGGUUUGCUAGAAAAUGGAGGUCAAAAAUCUACAAAUUCUCUUUCUCGCCAAUCAUCAGCUGUCAAUAAGUCAGAUGUCAAAGACGAUUCAGUUGUCGCCGAAAAUACUGAAAAGGAGCGAGCUGUGACUGUCAAGAGAAUAUCGCCCAAUGACGCUAAAAAGUCUGAUCAUCAGAAAUUAAACGAAGUGAAUCGAUCUGCAGUAAACAAAGAAGGAACAAAACAUUCGUCCGCUGAAGGUAACAUCAACUUAGCAUCAAUUCAGUCGCCACAAGCUGGGGAGGUUUCUCAGGGUUCCAGGAGCCGAGAAGAUAAAAACGGUCUAGAACAGGAGACGUCUUCCAACAACAGUUCAAGUGAUAUGGUUAGUCAUCUUACCAAGUAUCUAUUAGAGCAGCAUUUGUUCAACGCUCUCCCGUCUACGCUAGCAGAAAAGAGCGGACAAGUUCAAGCGGCCACCGAGUUGGACUCCCAGACUAAGGCUAGCCUGAUGGCCGAAGUUUUCGGCGACGAGCGUCAAUUCGCCUCGGCCAUAGCGAACGCGACAGUAGCGGCAUUAGCAUCGCGCCAGCGACUGGGUGUUCAAGAACCGCCUGCAGCUGUUGUCGGCGGUUCUGGAACAACUGAUGCGUUGUUUUCAGGACCUUACUCGACGCCAAGUCCGAAGUUAAUAGGAACACCCCCACCUUUAACGAAAGAUGAACCACUUAACCUCAGCGCACCAUCCCCAUGCUCGCUUUCACCUACUGAGCAGAAAAUAAAGAUCGUAGUUGCCAGUGAAAAUAUAAGCUCAUGUGAGCCAACUCGCGAAGUUGCAGUAAGAACUAGAAGCGAAUCUUUGGAGGGAAAGGAUCAGGAUAAGAACGAAUCAGGAUCAGGUGCCAGUGUGAAGCUGAAAGACAGUUUGUCGGAAUCAGUUGAUGCAGCUAAAAUUUCAACUAUGUGUUCGGAAGAUGUUCUUGAUUCAUUCGGAAGUAAUGAAGUUCAGUGGCUCGGAAAUAAAUACCUCCUCGCUGGUUUCUUUGAAUUCUACCGAUAG